GCUGGGCUGUUCCGUGCAUCCAUGGUCGUCCAUAGCAGCUAAGCUAACUAAAUCAGUUGUUUACUGUUAUUAUUAUUAUUAUUAUUAUUAUUAUUAUUAUUAUUUGUAAAGGUGUUCGCAUAUUUAUCUUGAACGCCAUGUCGUACAACUACGUGGUGACAGCGCAGAAGCCCACGGCGGUGAACGCCUGUAUCACUGGGCACUUUACCUCUGCAGAGGAUCUGAACUUGCUCAUAGCGAAGAACACACGCCUGGAGAUCUAUGUGGUCACCGCUGAGGGGUUGCGGCCUGUCAAGGAGGUUGGCAUGUACGGGAAGAUUGCCGUUAUGGAGCUCUUCAGGCCUAAAGGGGAAAGUAAAGACCUUCUGUUCAUUUUGACUGCCAAAUACAAUGCAUGUAUCCUGGAGUACAAGCAGAAUGGAGACAGCAUUGACAUCAUCACUCGUGCUCAUGGAAAUGUCCAGGAUCGGAUUGGCCGCCCCUCAGAGACAGGCAUCAUUGGCAUUGUGGACCCUGAGUGUCGCAUGAUUGGCUUGCGACUCUACGAUGGUCUUUUUAAAGUCAUACCACUGGAUCGGGACAACCGUGAACUUAAGGCCUUUAACAUUCGACUAGAGGAGCUGCAGGUUAUAGAUGUGCACUUCCUUUAUGGCUGCCAGGCCCCCACCGUCUGUUUCAUAUACCAGGACCCUCAGGGCCGGCAUGUGAAGACAUAUGAGGUGUCUCUAAAGGAGAAGGAGUUCAAUAAGGGCCCUUGGAAACAAGAAAAUGUGGAAGCUGAAGCCUCAAUGGUCAUCCCAGUUCCUGAGCCAUUUGGUGGGGCUAUAAUUAUUGGUCAGGAGUCCAUUACCUAUCACAAUGGAGACAAAUACCUGGCAAUUGCACCUCCAACAAUUAAGCAAAGUACGAUUGUCUGUCAUAACCGUGUGGACCCAAAUGGUUCUCGCUAUCUGCUGGGUGACAUGGACGGAAGACUGUUCAUGCUGCUGCUGGAGAAGGAGGAGCUAAUGGAUGGUUCCAUGGUGCUCAAAGACCUACGAGUGGAACUACUGGGAGAGACUUCCAUUGCUGAGUGUCUCACAUACCUGGAUAAUGGAGUUGUGUUUGUUGGUUCUCGGCUUGGAGAUUCUCAACUGGUCAAGCUGAAUGUGGACAGUAAUGACCAGGGCUCAUACGUAGCAGUUAUGGAGACAUUCACUAACCUUGGCCCCAUAGUGGACAUGUGUGUGGUGGAUCUGGAGAGACAAGGCCAAGGCCAGCUGGUGACUUGCUCGGGUGCCUUUAAGGAGGGCUCUUUAAGAAUCAUUCGUAAUGGAAUAGGAAUCCAUGAGCAUGCCAGUAUCGACCUGCCAGGCAUCAAAGGACUCUGGCCUCUUCGCUCUGAGGCAGGCAGAGAGACUGAUGACAUGCUGGUGCUUUCUUUCGUUGGUCAGACCAGGGUGCUGAUGUUGAGUGGAGAGGAAGUGGAGGAGACUGAACUUCCAGGGUUUGUGGAUAAUCAGCAGACCUUCUUCUGUGGUAAUGUGGCUCACCAGCAGCUAAUUCAGAUCACUUCAGGGUCAGUGCGACUAGUAACUCAGGACAGUAAGGCUCUGGUCAGUGAAUGGAAGGAACCUCAGGGUAGGAACAUCAGUGUGGCUGCCUGUAACUCAACCCAGGUGGUGCUGGCUGUGGGCAGAGUGCUCUACUACCUGCAGAUUCUCAGUGGAGAGCUCAAACAGAUCAGUUCCACAGAGAUGGAACAUGAAGUGGCUUGUCUGGACAUCACUCCGCUGGGUGAGAAUGGUGGAGAGUCUAGCCUGUGUGCUGUAGGCUUGUGGACUGAUAUCUCAGCUCGAGUGCUCCGACUGCCCUGCUUCAGUCCUCUGCAUAAGGAGAUGCUGGGAGGAGAGAUUAUCCCACGUUCCAUCCUCAUGACCACUUUUGAAGGCAGCCAUUAUUUGCUGUGCGCUCUGGGAGAUGGUGCGCUCUUCUACUUUGGACUUGAUCUGCAGACAGGUGUUCUGAGUGAGCGGAAGAAGGUGACGCUGGGCACACAGCCCACAGUGCUGCGGACAUUUCGCUCUUUGUCCACUUCCAAUGUGUUUGCUUGCUCAGAUAGACCCACUGUCAUCUACUCCAGUAACCACAAACUUGUCUUCUCCAACGUCAACCUCAAAGAGGUCAACUACAUGUGCCCUCUCAACUCUGAGGGAUACCCUGACAGCUUGGCUUUGGCCAAUAACAGCACUCUGACCAUUGGCACUAUUGAUGAGAUCCAAAAACUCCACAUUCGGACUGUCCCUCUCUAUGAAUCACCUAAGAGAAUCUGCUAUCAGGAGGUGUCUCAGUGCUUUGGGGUGCUGUCCAGCAGAGUGGAAAUGCAGGAUGCUAAUGGAACCACAGCUCCUGUGCGCCCCAGUGCUAGCACUCAGGCUCUGUCCAGCAGCGUGAGUUCCAGUAAGCUCUUCCCUAGCAGCACCUCCCCCCAUGAAACCUCCUUUGGAGAGGAGGUGGAGGUGCACAGCCUGCUCGUGGUCGAUCAACACACUUUUGAAGUGCUUCAUGCCCAUCAGUUUUUGCCCAGUGAGUAUGCUCUGAGCCUGGUGUCCUGUAAGCUGGGCAAAGAUCCCGCUGUCUAUUUCAUUGUUGGCACUGCCAUGGUCUACCCUGAGGAGGCAGAGCCUAAGCAAGGCCGCAUCAUUGUCUUCCACUACACAGACGGUAAACUGCAGACAGUAGCCGAAAAAGAGGUUAAAGGAGCCGUGUAUUCCAUGGUGGAGUUCAAUGGCAAAUUGUUGGCUAGCAUCAACAGCACUGUACGCCUGUAUGAGUGGACUGCAGAGAAAGAGCUGAGGACUGAGUGUAAUCAUUAUAACAACAUCAUGGCUUUGUAUCUGAAGACCAAGGGAGACUUCAUACUGGUGGGAGACCUAAUGAGGUCUGUGCUUUUGCUGGCAUACAAACCCAUGGAAGGGAACUUUGAAGAGAUUGCUCGAGACUUCAAUCCUAACUGGAUGAGUGCUGUGGAGAUUUUGGACGAUGAUAACUUCCUUGGGGCAGAAAAUGCUUUUAACCUUUUUGUCUGUCAAAAAGACAGUGCUGCCACCACUGAUGAAGAGAGGCAGCAUUUGCAGGAGGUGGGUGUGUUCCACUUGGGCGAGUUUGUGAAUGUGUUUUGCCACGGUUCUCUGGUCCUGCAGAACCUUGGCGAGAGUUCCACCCCUACCCAAGGUUCUGUGCUCUUUGGCACGGUUAAUGGAAUGAUCGGAUUAGUGACAUCUCUGUCAGAAGGCUGGUACAGUUUACUCAUGGAUUUGCAAAAUAGACUCAACAAGGUCAUUAAGAGCGUGGGCAAGAUCGAGCACAGCUUCUGGAGAUCAUUCAAUACGGAACGGAAGACGGAGCAAGCGACAGGUUUCAUCGAUGGUGACCUAAUCGAGAGCUUUUUGGACCUAGGACGUGCUAAAAUGCAGGAAGUGGUUAGCACGCUACAGAUUGAUGAUGGCAGUGGGAUGAAGCGAGAGGCCACGGUGGAUGAAGUGAUUAAAAUAGUGGAGGAGCUCACCAGGAUCCACUAACUCUGUUGGUCUAAAUAACGUUCUGUACAUAGAUAUAAAUAAACCAACAGGUGUGGGCGAGUGUGUGUGUGUGUGUGUGUGUGUGUGUGUGGAUGUAUGUAUGUGUGCGUGUCUGUCUGUAUUUUGUGUGUUUCACUCUUAAAGUCUGAGCUCCAUCUUCCUUUCCUCUCUCUCCAGGGCCUCCUGCCCUAGGAAUACACACACAAGCUUUCUACACAUUUGCAGAACAGAAUCCUACCAGGAAUAUACUCUGUACUGGGGCCUGACAGUAUGACUGAGUAUGUGUGAUUUGAAUUUUGAUUGAAUUUUGUGCAUUUUCUUUCCCUGUGUGUGUGUGUGUGUGAGUGUGAGAGAGAGCGCACGCGCGAGAGAGUGAGAAGAGUGAAGGCUUAACAGUGAGUUCUGCUUUGGUACAAAUACUGCAUUGCUAGGAAAUACAAGGCCAGGAUGUUCUGACAGCACUGAAUGAGGCGGAGGAGUUAAAUAGACUUUUAUUAGUGAUGUAACAUUUCCGCAGUCUUUUCUUUUAAUAAAGCUUGCUUCAGUACCAC